GGUGGGUGUAUUUACUAUUGUGACGUGUAUACUUGUCUAUGUUAAAAAAUAAAAUAGUAUGUCACCUGACAAAACUACAGAUGCAUUUAUUAUUGCUUAUGCACCUUGGAUUCGCUUCUUUUCCUCUUAAUAUCUGCAUCGAAUUCUUCUGUCCAAGUACAUCGCAAUGGUUUAAAAGAGCAAAGACCGCUUGUAAUUUUACAGACCAAUAUUACUGUUUAUAUGACGACAACAAUAGAAAAUAUACAGAAAUAUGCCAGGAAACCCCUACAUUUGAUUCUGCAGGUCAUAAAGUAGUAAUUGUAGGUGGCAUUCAAGGCGUCGACUGUGAACAUGAUAUAUAUCAACCCUUCAAAUAUUGGACGAAUGGUAGUUCCACCUGCGCAUUUAAAAAGAAUCCCUGCAAUGCAGAAGGACAAGUUAUUCACGACAAUGGUACUACCAAAACCGAUAGACAAUGUCGCUGUGAUUAUAGCAAAGGCUAUGAUUUCAUCAAGAAGCCAAAGUAUGCUUGCUACUGUGAAUCAUCAAAGGAAGAUUGUUCGUGUUACCAAAAACAGUGUCCAUAUGGUUUUGUACUGACUCCAGACUAUAAUUGUAUACACUUGACAAAUUGGAGUAUGAAAUCAACUUGCAGUAUGAUUCCAGAUAAUACAGAUACUAGAGACAAAGAAAGGCCAUUAAUGCAAAUCUCAAAGAGAGAUAACGAAAAAGGUAUCAAGAAGUCAAGUUCGAUGCUUAGAGUUGUACUCAGCAUAUUCAUUGGACUUGUCAAGAUAAUGAUUUUCGUUUCCGCAUUGCUGAUAGGUAUGGGAGUUAUUUGUUCGUCACAAAACCAGAUUCCAAAGGAUAUACUAGAUUUGCAGAUCAAAAGGAAAAAAGAGUGGAAAAUACAAUUUAAUGAUUUUUUUGAAACAGCGGCAUUUACUGUUAUAUUAAAUAGAAUUAGGCAAGAGCAGUUUGUGAUUGUUUCCGGACCAGCUGGUUGUGGAAAAUCUUCUUCCACAUUUCACGCAGCUUUGAACCUUGAGAAAUACGAUUUAUGGAUAAUUACAGAUCCAGGUGAUAUUUUGAAAUAUUCUUCAGCAGAUACUAAGCAGAUUUUUUUGAUCGAUGAUGCUUUUGGAAGGUAUACUGUCAGUCAGAACCAUAUCAUUUGGUGGUCUCAACAGGGUUGUUCCAUCAAAGAUAUCCUUAAAGGAAAUAUAGAUUUAAAAGUAGUUAUGACCUGUAGAUCAUACAUAUAUCGGUCAGUAACUUCAAUUGAGACGAUCGAACCAUUUUGUCAUGUAAAUUUGUUAUCGGAUGAUCUGAAACUGACCCUUGAGGAGAGACAAACCAUUGGAAAGGGGUGUAUUAAUUCAGAAACAGAAAAUAUAGAUAGAAUAAGUAAUGAAGUGAUUAUGUUGUACAAUUUUUUCCCGUCGCUUUGUUCCAAAUUUCAUGAGGUUCAGAAUGAUGUCGAUAUGAUCGAAUAUUUUACAUUUCCUUACCAUUAUAUAGCAGAAGAAAUAAAGCAGUUUCGAACAGCAGAUGAUCCUUUGUACCUGGCGUUGGCUUUUCUUGUUAUUCGUGGAAAUGAAGUUGACAAAAUAGUACUUAAUCCAUACAACGACGAAUGCAAUAGAGUAUUAGAGAAUUUAUUUAAUCUCUCCGAUAUCUCCGGUUAUACAGGAAGGCCAUCAAAAUCAGUACUGUUGUCGUGUUUUUCUGCGUUGGAAGACUUGUAUGUCUUAGACAAUGAAUCUUCGUUUGAAUGUCUUCAUGAAAAGCUGUUCAUAAUGAUUGCACAUUGUGUAGGUCCAGAUAUAUUAAAUAUUAUUCUGGAUCAUGGCAAGAGCUCACUGAUAAAAGAGAGGGUGCGGCUCACAUUAACUGGUGAAAAUAUUUCAAAAUUUUACAUUUUGGUCCCCGAAGUAUCAAAAUUAAGAUUUUUCCUAAGAUUGCUGACUGAUCUACAGAAUGGAAAAUCCGAAAUUGUUUUCUCAAGCUUCCAACACACUUUACCAAAAUUCCGGAAAUUAUUUCGUGAUUAUUUGGUAACUAAUCUAAAGGAACGUUUGAAAGGAGACAAACAUCAGAUAGCUGUUAACGUCGUGAAAAAAUUGGGUUAUAGGGAGUAUGUGUCUUGUUUGAACGGAUUAGAAUAAACAAGUGUUAAUCACCAGGAUAAUGCUGGUAAGAUUCCGUAACAUAAGGCAUGUUUGACAGCGCAUCAAAACGUCGGAUAUUCGCUAUAAUUGAUCAACGAUACGAAUAUUAACACGAUUGAUAAUGAUGGACGAAAAUCAGUUGAUAUUGCUCGUGAUCAUUGUUUUAGUACUAAAGUUGAUUUAUUUUGUCAUUGAGAGCGAAAUUUUAACCACAUAGAUAUUGCCUAUAAUCAUGAUAAUACAUCUAUUAUUGUAAAUAUCGAUGAUAUGUGGUAUUUAACAUAUAAAUGAAUAUACGCUUUGAUUGUGAUGAUAAACUUGUUUUAUAAGCAUUCAUAUGAUAUUACAUAAGGUUUUAGUUAUAUGGUAAUACAUUACUAUUUUUGUGUUGAAAAACAAAUUAUGUUUAGAUAACUGACUGGUUUGUAUUUGAGAAAGUGAAUAAACAAACAAUGAAAAACUA